CAAAGCGUUAUUUUUUGUUUAAUAAUAUUUAUAGGUUAUGUAGUUAUCUAAAGCUAACGCUGCUAGUAGUAGCAUACAGAUUUUUCUCGCGCUCGGUUCAUUGUUUACUAAUAACUAAUUACUAUUAAGAUUUGUGAAUUGUGAAACGAAAACAAAUGGAAAUGAAAUUUGAAGACUUAGUUAGUCUUAGUUUAGUGUUUGCUGUUUGAUAUACUUAUUUGUCUUUUUAAAUUAUUAUUAAUAUGUGUAUAUUUUAACUUUUACGGAUUGAAUUAGUGUUAAAUUUUAAACUUAUUUAAAAAUGGCUAAGGCAUUGUUUAAAAAUGUUAAAAUAGCACUGCCUGAAUGUAAAAAGCUACCAGAAAAAGCCAAAGAAAUUUUAAACACAGUGGUAAGAUUAUUUGUUGCUAUGUUUUUAUUGUGUAAAUGGUCUAGUUAUCACUGGUCAAUUAUUAUAAGCGCGCAGAUUCUGGCAGUUCAGUAGAAAGGCAUAGUCUCAUAGGAACAAGGGCACAAUGCUGGACGAAUAGCAGCUAGUUAAUUGUUAGUUAUUUUGGAGUUGGUUCUUAUGCAUAAAUAUUAUAGAUUGUAAUUAUAUACUAUGACAUUUUCGUUUAUGCUCCUAGCUUAAGAUACUAUCCAGUGUUACGUGCCCACACGUUACUAUAAGUAUACGCGCGUGAACCCGUAGUAAUUAUCAUUUAAAAAAAGGAUCACAACCAUAACCGAGAGCUAAGAUUUCCAUAAAAUACAAUUGCACGUUUUAUUUACCAAAGGGGUGGAUAGGCAUAAAUCAACUGCACAUGCAUCGGCGACAGCACACAAGCGAACGAUAAAUCUAAAUAAUAUGAAAAUAUUAAAUAAUACGGAAAUGCGCCAUAAACGAAAUAAAAUAGAUAGCCGCGACGCGACGGCAUACGAGGUAAUACAAAAAUAUAUAAUGAAACGAUAAAGUCAACAACCAAAAAAAAGGGGGAACCGAAAGCAAUAUUAAAAUGUACCUUUUUGAAUUUGUCAAAUUGUGCGUAACAGCGCGCGAGGGUAUGGUUGUAAAAUAAAUAUAUAAUAUUUAUAAUAAAACGCGUAAACCAUCGAGCAAUACUUCGAUUCCAGGAAGUAUAAAAAAAUGCCAUUAAUGAAAUAAUGUAGAUAGCCGCACUACGAACGACGAGUUGCGGGGUCCCUCAGAGUAUAUAUAACGCACUAAACAUCAUCGAAUCAGACGAGUCCACCAUGACCAAAUGCGAGCAACUUCGCGUCACUCAGUUUUAUGAAAUAUUUUAAGACAUUUAAUAUUUUUGUGUAUGAAAUCAAAUUUGACUUGGAAUAUUUUUCGAUGUUGAAUUGAAUUAUUUGGGCUUGUAAUUUUUCGUGUCGGAAAUAUUAAUUAUUUAUAAACUCAAGUUGGAGUUUGAUUUAUUUCAAACAUUUUUCCUCAAAGUCCUAUUCCUACGUUGGGCCUGUUACACCAAUAUUUAAAGUUUUGUCUGAAUAAAUAUCAAUACAUGCCAUCACAUUAUCUAAAUACAAAUUAAUUUUAUUAAUAAUAUAAUAUUUCUUUGUAAGAUAAUGUGAUUGAAUAAAGUAUUGUGUGAUAGUAAUCGACUUGGUUGAAAAUUUAAACAGAAAUGUUUACUUUGUUAAAUUCCUAUAUGUACUCCCUUGUACACAAUUUCAUAUCACUGUGGCCGAUUUUAUACGAAUUGCGUUCCUAAAAACGAAAAUAUACUCCCCAAUAAUCCCGAUUUUUCGGCGACUGUUCCGAGUUGCGUUCAUACAAAUAAUUGUUAUCCUAUUUCUAUAUGGUUGAUCAUGAAUUCGUUAAUAUUUGUUCGGCGAUUAUCGAUACCUUAUUAUAGGUUGGUUCGAUAAAGAUUUGGUCCUGGAUUAACCUAGUAUUAAUGUCAGCUCGUAUGGUUCGGGGUGCCGAUGUUAAGAUUUUGAGAAUAUCAAGGCCUACUUUAUAGUGCAGCAGAGUAUGGGAUCCAAACUUGGGGUAAUAGCUCACAUGUAAAGAAAGCUUAACAGUAUAAUGAGAAUAAUUAGUGGAACUGUUGAAUCCAUACUACUUCAUUGGUUGCCGGUACUGGCAAAUAUUAAACCACCAUAUGAAGGAAAGAAGUACUCAUAAAAACCAUCAGGAAGUCUAAAGAUUAAAAUGCUUACUCCUAUACCAGAUGUUGCUCCAAACACAUGAACAGCAAUUAAAAUCCAGGAGUCCACCCGUUGAGACCGCUAGGAAACUAUCCAGUUCAGGAGUUGAUGGUGCUGAUGAAUGGCGGAAAGAAUGGCCUAGAGCUACUGUAUAAAACGGGAAAUUAGUACUCGACCCUAACAUUGGAGUUUUAGGGAUGAAUCUCCUCUGUAGCAACUGGUCUACACUAAACAGAUUAGGAAUAGCAGUUAUAACAGGUUUCACACUCUCCUACAUAAAUGGGGAUUUCUUGACUAUCCAACCUGUGACUGGCAACAAAGAACAAACAAUAAACUAUAUCAUAAUAGAAUAUCAAAGAAGAAAAUUUAGCCAAGGUUUUGAAGGCCUACAUAAAGUGACUUCAGAAGCAAUAAAUUAGGAUUAGUAACCUCAAAAUACAGCUAUGAAGAAAUUAUUUGAAUCAAUGUAUUCCCAUCUAAGUUAAAUCAUUUAUAUAUAUAUAUAAAAAACAGAAUGUUAAGUUGAUUUGUGUAAGUAAUACAAAAUAAAUAAAUAAAUAAUACAAAUUAUAGGUUGGUAAAUAUUACCAUACAAUUUAUUGGUGGAAGUUAAUUUUGUUCAUAUUGUUUAUCUCAAAAAUGUUCUGAUAUUUAUAUUAAAAUGCAAAGUUCAAAUUUACCAAACAAACAAAGAAAGGAUGUAGAAAACAAAUGUUUUAUUCAAAAUUCUAUGACUUGAUUAAAAAUAAAAAUAUAUCACGUCUUGAGUUCAUUAAAAAAUUGGUGUACACAAAUUUAUUCGUUUUAUAAAAUAAAAAUAAUAAUAAUAAUUAACAUAAUAUCUACGUAUCUAACAAUAUUUACCAAGGUUGGACAUAAUAUUAUUUUAAAUUAAUUUUUAAUAAAAUAUACAUUUUAAAUCAAUAAAUAAUUUAUAAUACCAAAUAUAUAAUAUAUUUUUAACAACACCAUUUAUAUAAAUUACAGUUCCCAUUAGUUAGUAAAAGUGGAAAGGAAAAUAUGUAUAUAUCAAUUAUUAAUGCGGAUGUAACUCUGAUGUAUCAUGAUUAAAUCGCGGACAUAAUUCGGACAAAAUAUAAUUUAUGGGCGCAAAUUUGAAUGUGCCUUGAGUGCCAUGGAUUUGGACUCAGAUUUGGAUGUAUAUCACUUUAGAAUUAUUAUAAUUUUUAAUAGGGUUUACAGUAACAAAAAAAGUAUGAAAUAUCUAAGUAAAAUUUGAAUAUUUUACCUGUGUCGUGCCUUUUUCUUAUAUAUUUAUAUUACAUUAAUAUUAACUUUAAAUUAAGGUAUGAACAUAAAAUAAGUAUUAUGCAUUGUUUCAUUAUAGUAUAAUUAAACUAUCAAUAUCUAAUUUUAAUAUAAUAAAUAAAUAUACAAAUAAAAAAAUGUAUGUAUAAAAAUAAAAAUAAAUAAAUUAAUGAAUUUGUUGCCUGGACUAUUAUGAUAAGUGUAUUAUACGACUGGUUACAAAUUAAAAUUUCAUCAUCAGGUAUAUCACAGUAAAAAUGUAAAAUGCGACUUUUAUUUAUUUAUUUUUAUGUCUACAUUUUUUAUUCAUGUAUUUAUUUAUGAGUAUUAACCAUUUUAAUAAUUUUGUUUUUACUUUAUUAUUUUAUUGUUUAAUUUAAUACUAUUUUGUUUGUAGAAUCAUUCAUUAAAAGAGUUAAGUGAAAGUGAUUUCAAAGAGUUAUGGACUUCGUUACUUGAUUUUAUUGAAGAAACCUCAGAUUUAGAAGAUACUACAAAAGAUACAGAGUUAUUGGCAUGCUAUCAAUGUGUUUUAAACCUUAUCUGUUCUGUUAUUAAUGGUGCAGAAGACAUACAUUGGAUAUGUGGAGAUGACAAUUUAACACAACUUAUUAUAAAAUUUCAAACUUUUUUCGCUAAAGAUUUCCAGCAUAAGGUAAAUAUUAUUAUAGUUAUUUAAAUCAAAUUUUUACUUGUAUGUAAGAAAUUAAUCAUGUCUCGGGUUGUCGGUCAACAAAAUAUCUCUUUAUUAACACUUAUAUUAUUUCAUGUGUAUUUUAUUGAGAAUCAGCUUUAUCAAGUGAAAUAUCAUUUAUGCUUAGCCAUCCCAGCUAACUGACUAGAUUAGUUGGCUGGUGAAAAUUUAACUAAAUAAAAAAAAACUCUGCAAUUGGAACAGAGCUUAAAUAUUUUAUAUUUUAGAUUCUGAGUGAAGCGAAGAAGCUUAUAGUUUUACAUAUAUGUUUAUUUUUUAAAUUUUUUUUUUAUCUCUGCACAACUUUUCUACCGGAAGACUUGCUUGGAUUUAUACGUGUAGCAUCUUUUCUGAAAGGAAAUUUGCGGGUGGAGGUACUGUUGGGUCAGUUUUUAAUUUUCUGAAGUGUUCUCACCAAAUUUGAAAAACUGAAAAAUAAAACUGGGAAAAUGUAUGAAAUAUAUUACUAAAAUAUUACAAUUUUUUUUUCUGUACAUAAUUUUUCUUCCAGCAAUUUUGUUCCAAUUUUUAACGAUAGCAAUGUUUCGAAAAAGAAUUUUCACUUGGUAGAUAUUUUGGAGAGGUUAUUUUUCGAUUUUCUCAGAAGUUUUCCCAGCAAAUGUGAAAAACUGAUAAAACAUUGGAAAACCGGGAAAAAACUUAGAAAAAAUUCAGAAAAUUUGUACAAUAUUAAACAAAUAUUAUUAAAGAAAAUAUAUUAUUUAAUUAUUUUUUCUAUAAAAUGAUAUAUAUAUUGUUGACAAAGCAUCACCAUCAACUGAACCCCCUUCAAAUUGUUUAUCGUUAGCAAUGGUUUAUUGGUGCUUACAGGUUUACAUCAAAUUACCUGUAACAGUGGUUUCAUUUGUUCCCAUUAGCAAUGUAGCAAAGGAUUUAUUAGUUUUACCAUGAUAUGUGUUUUUCUUUUUAUUUAUUUUUUAUAUCUGUGAAUAACUUUUUAUCAAAAAUUUUGCUCUGAAGUAUCAAGUGUAGUAAAGGAAAUUUUCUUUAGUUGGUGCAUUGGGGGAUAAUUUUUUUGAUUUUCUAAGGGGUUUUAAAAAUAAUUGUAAAAAACCCAGAAAAAAAAUUAUAGGUAAAACAGGAAAUAUUUACAGUGCAUCACAGAUUUAUUGAAUUUAUUAUUUUAAAUUUGUAUACACAAUGUUUUCUACCAGAAAUAUUGGUCCAAUCGAAAAAUGACAGGAAAUUGAUUUUGUUCCUUUUAAUAUAUAGCCACUUACAGAGAAAGUUAUUUUUCAUUUUUAAAGUACUUUUCAUAACAAUAUAGAAUUACGAAAAAUACAUUUGGCGUAUUAUUUAAAAAUUGUAUGGGUUAUGUUUUCUACCACAAAUAUUUUUCCAAUAGAUAAAUGACAAAAGAUCUUUAUUGUUGUAUUUUUAAUUUAGUUGGUGAGUCAUUAUUAGAUUUUCUCUGUAUUUUUUUAGUAAUUAGGAAAAAUCGUAAAAAGUAAAAAGAAUUGGAAAAUUUACAAAAAAUAUUCUUUUAUUAUUUUAAAUUUUGUUUUAUUUUAUGUGUUUCAGUUAAAAAUAUUUGUAGACUUGAAAUGUUAAGAGAACACAUAUUUUUUUUCUAGACCUGGUAAAAUUUAAAAAAAAUUUGAGCCAUUUAUAGAUAUUUAAUUUUGAAAGUUUUUAUGUAAUUUUUAUUCAGUAGGUAUUUCGUGGAUAAAAUUGUUAGAUCUAACUGAAAUACUUGACAAUUUAACAUGAGGUUUAUUAUAAGUUUUACUUAAUUGGCCAACAAGUAAAAGUUGAGUUUUAUAUUAUAUAUUUUUUGUAUACAAAUUUUAAUAUCUAAUUAUAUUGAUUAUUAAUAUGGUAAAUAUUAUUUUAAUAUAUUAAAAUAAUAAAAUUUAAAAUAUGUCUAACCAAACUGCUCAGAAUCGUUUUUUGUUAGUAAUGGUUAUCGGUACAGGUAUAAAUCAAACAAAUUUAUGUAUUCCACCUUCCUAACUGUCUAUUUACAACAGUGGCCGCACCCAACCUCAGUAUCAGCUUUUUUUUUUUAUGUUGAUUUAUCAAAUAAUUUUUUUAUAUAAUUUACAGAUUUUUGAACUUGUAUUAAUGAUAAUAAUUCAUCAAACUCUUCAUAUUAAAUAAAUUAUAAUCAAUGCUUAUAUUAUAUAUGUUUUUUAUUUUUAGUUUAAAUUGGAAAUAGCAAAUAUGUGCCUUAGUUUUUGGCAAUUAGUUAUUUCUGAUGAACAAAAUCAAUGUGCAUUAAAAACAUUAAACUUUGAGAGUGUAAUGAAUGAAAAUUUAAAUUUUACUGUAACACAAUUGUUCAACGAAAUUAAACUCAUGACAAAGAAAUUUGAUGCAGUAAGAUUUAGAAUAUCUUUUUUAUAUAUAGUUGUUUAUUAUUGGUUUAUUUGAUUGAUUAAGAAACCAUUAUCUUCGAUAUUGUGGGAAUUUUGCAAAGUUGUGUGUUCAUUGGCUUCAAAUCAAAAUAUUUUGAAUUUGUUUGUGUCAAAUUUGGAAAAAAAUUUGAAACAUACAUGUUAUUUAGAAACUGAGCCAGGCAAAAUGACUAUUGCGGAUAUAUUUACAUCUAGUGAACAUCUAUUUCUGGUAAUAAAAAAUUUUUUUAAAAUUACUACUUAUUUGUAAAAACUAGAGAUGUAUAUUAUACAAUAAUAUAUAUUUACCUAUAAUUUGUGAAAACGACCUAAGUGAAAGUGCCAUGAUUACUUCAUUCAUUAAAUAAGCCUCAUAAAUCAAUAAAUUAUUAUUAUUGUAAAAAAUUGUAUACAGAUUCAACAAUAUAAAUAAAAAGUAAAACAUCCAAAAAAAUUACAAAAUUUACAUUUAAAUAUUUUAGGUCAUUUAUUCUAUAUAAUAAUAAAUGCCUAAUUAGUAAUUAUAUCUUUUUAUACCAAGAGUAAUAAAUUAAAAAUAUUAUUUUAAGCUUAUUUGAAAAUUUUUUAAUAAUAUCUAACAAUAUCAUUGUAAGUUUGAUAGCGUUAAACAAAUUCCUUUUUAUUUAGGUUUUGUUCUUGUAUGUUUGGAUAUGUUUAAUCUUGUUAAGAUUAUAUUCUGCAAUCCUAAUUUGUUGGUCUUUCUGUUAUAUUGUGUUUUAUAUGAUUACUUAAGUAUUUUAUCAAUAAAUUAUCAUAAAUUAUGUUAGUUAUUUCACACUUAAACAUGAAAUUGGUUCACUUUUAAUUUGUUAAAUACGUGUUUACUAUUUGUAUUCUUAUGCAUUUGUAUACCUAUUUAACUGAAAACAAUUGAUGUAUGAGUAUAAUUCUAGGAGAUAUACUGUAUAAUAUUUUUAAAACUUGUUUAAUGUUUCUUAUCUCUAGAAAUUUCUAGUAAAAAUUAAAAAAUGACAAAUGCACUUUAGAUUUUAGAAUAUAAUAAUAAAAAAAUAUACAAUAUAUAGUAAAAAAAAAAAAAAAUGAGACACAAUUGACUAAAAAAAAUUUCACUGGUCAAAAGUCCAACUAUAAUUUAUUUAAUUACAAUAUAAUGUGAUAGUUAAUUAAUUGUGGUUUGAAUUUAAAAUUAAAAUGUAUAUAUUUUCUCUAAUUUCUUAUAUUGUAUACACUAAUGCAUCAAUGCAGCGGUCCAAAAACUGAGACUUAUUUAAUGAAUACCAUUUGGAGACUUUUUAUUUCUGAGGAGCUGGAUUUUUGGUAACCAUAAUCCAUAUAUCGGCUUAAAAUCAACAUAGGAAUAUAAAUGUGUGUAUCAAUUAAAAUGUUGUUUAUUAAUUUUGACACAUUAAUUCGGAGAAUAAUGCAUGCAAAAUAAAAAAAAAAAUUUUUUUAAUUUUAUUUUAUAUUAUUCAAUCAAGGAAGGAACGAGAACAUUUUUAUUUAGGGAAUGUUGAAUUAAUAAAGUUUAGAAUUGUUGCUUUAGUGUAUAUUGUAUAAUUUAACUUUAUUUAUGCAUAAUUUAAGUAAACUUACUAAUAACUAUUUUCUGUAGAGAUUUCAUAAUAUAGUUAUGGAAAACUUACCAAAAGCAAAUAAAUGUAUAGCAAAAGCAUAUGGUGAAAUCUAUUUUAUUGCAUGGAUAAAUUCCACUCCAUCAAUGAGAGAAGUAAUGUAUUUUUUAAAUUUAUAUAUUUGUUGGAUUAAAUUUAGAAUUUGAAUAAGAUAAGAAAUAAUGUUUAAUUGCAGAUAAUUGAACAACAAGGAAUGUUUGACAUAAUAUACAGAUCAUUUACGUUACAGCGGAAAGGUCCAUCUUUUCAAACUUAUCAUAAUAUUUUAAUUUUUAUGCAAAGUAUGCAGAAACACAGAAAACAUUUGAUGUUUAGCAAAGCUGUAACUAAAUUAUAUACGCCUGUUCUUUGGAGACAAUUAGGGGUAUACAAUUCAAUAAAAUUUUACUUUUAUGAUCUAGUAUUUUUCUAAUUAUUUUUUGAUAUUUAACUAGAGUGACUUAAGUGUGGUCAGAUGCAAUGCUAUUGAAAUUUUAGCUAGGGCUUAUCCAUUAGAAAAACGAGGAGAAGGUCGUGAAGUAGGGUCAAGAUUUUUAACAAAGCAACAAGAAAAAUUUAUUGAUUUUUUGGAAGAUCCUUGUCCUCAAGUUCGAAUUUCCGCUAUUAAAGUAUGUAAUUAUAAAUAUUUAUCUCAUUACAUACCAAAAAUAAUAGUAUUCAAUUUCAUCAAGUACAUGAUGCAAUAUUAAUGUUAGUUAUAUGAUAUGUAUUAAUUUUAGUUUAUAUAAAUUGGUUUAAAAAUGUCAGUGUCAUUGUGUUUUUUCAAUCAAAAACUUGCCUUAUGGGUAAAACUAUUAGUCUUAUUUUGAUGAUUUUUUUUUUUUUUAAAAGAGAGAGAUUUCCCACAGCCUGCAUUUAACUUUGUUUUUCAAUAUUUUAAUCUUAAACAUAAUAUGUUUAAAAAUAGUAAAUUUUUUGAUUUUUUUUUACUUAUCUUUUAUACUAUUAUUUGAAAUCAAAUAAAAUAUUAUGGAUCAGUGCUGACUAUAGAAUGUUGUUAUUUAUUAAUUAAAAAAGAAAUUUAAAAAAUAUGAAAUUGACAAUACAUUAUUUCUAUUUCCGUGAAAUCAGCUGUAUCCUUUAAAUGGACAUCAAUUAGUAGAUUAGUGGAAAAGUAUUGAACACUAAAGUAUAAAAUGUAAAAUUAAUUCUCAAAUUAUACAAAAUUGGAACAACAGAAAAACCAGUACCAGGUCCCUUAAGCUUAUGUAUUUUAAUUUGUAAAUAAAUUAUAAUAUUUAUAUUAACAGGGACUUUGUAGUUGUAUGCGAUAUUUUUGGGAAUCAUUUGAAGAUAAUCAAAUAAAGCAUUGCUUCAGGUUAUUUGCCUAUUUAAUUGAAGAUAGCAUAUGUGAAGUACGAUUAGUUGUAAUCCAUGGAUUUCGUCAGUUACUCGAAGAAAAUAAAUCACAUAAUUAUUUUAAAAAACCUCUACUUGUAUCUAAAAUUAAAACUGCAUUGACUGAUGAAAAUGAAAAAGUUAGACGCGCUGUAAUAUUAUUUUUAUUAAAAGUGAAAAAAGUUGAUUGUUCACCAAAUGGGAAUACAAACACAAUUAACUUUGCUACAAUAGUUAAUUUGACAGAUGUUGCCAAUGCACUUGCUGUGAGUUAUAUAUUUAUAUAUUAAGUUUUAUCAUUAUUAAUAUUGUUAUAUUGUACAAUUGUAUAAUCAAAUUUUGAAUUGUUAAUUACAAAAUGCAUAUGAAUAUUAUUUUUUUAGGAUGAAGAUAGACAAAAUGGAGUAUUGCUUGUUGAUUUAAUUUUUGAUAACUUUAUUGGACCUAAAGUACCGAAUAGACAUGCUACUCUUAUAAGAUUAAUUAUGUUUUACAAAAUGAAUCCGGUUGCUCUUCGGAAUUUGUUGUUUUAUUCUGAAAGUCAUCUUAAGUUUAAUGAUGGUUGUGAUCUUAUGUUAUCAUUACUCAAAACUGUGUAUAACUUAGUAAAAAAGAAGCAGCAAUUAAAACUUCAAAAUAAGACAGAUAAUGAGACAAAUAAUGAUUCUGAUGGUAAAAAAAAAAAAUAUAAUAUUAUAACAAAUAUAACUAAUAGUUUUAUAUUUCAGGUAGUCAAAGUGAUUCUUCAUCUAGUAGUUCAUCUAUCAGUGAUGACAUUGAACAAAAUGAACAUAUAAAUGUAUGCUGUAUUUUGGAUUCUGUAAACGUUCUUAUGAUUCUCUACCGUGAUACAUUUAUUGAAAAAAAUAAUCGCAAACAAUUUAAAGAAAUUCAAGAUUCUUGCGUUCAUUGUUUAAUUAAAAUACUGAAGUUUUAUAAAGUAAUUAUUUAUAUAAAGAUUUACUUAAAAUAUUUUAAUUUUUAUAAUAAUAUAUAUAUAUUUGGUGGAUUCUCUUUUCAUACCCAAUUCAUGUGAUAAAUUUGAAUGGCAAGUACCAAUUGAUAUGCUAACUGCAUUGGCUACUUCUCUAACAGUUAAUCUUCAGUUUUUUCAAAUAUUUUUUUGAUGUUGAUGGACGCCCAAGAUGAAGGUCAUCUUUAAUGGAUAUCUGACCUUCUUUAAAACGUUUGAACCAGUCAAAAGUUACAUAACGGCUUAGUGAAACAUCUCCAAAAGCCAAUUUAAUUAAUUCAAAAGUUUCUGUAGCAUUUUUACCAAUUUUGAAACAAAAUUUAAUACACGCGCGUUGCUCCAUAAUAUUGUCCAUCGUAAAAUGGAUUUAAUACAAAAUUACCAACUUUGAACACGUAUUGUCGAUGGCUGAUUUGAGAUAAUUAUUAUAAUUAUAUACUGAAAUAAUAGUCAUUAUUUCUAGUUUAUUUUAGUAUAACAAUAUUGCUGAUAACUUAAAAUGUUUAUCUGUAAUAAUUUUAGUCUGGGUAUUUAUUGAACACCUUGUAUUUAAUUAUUUUACCAUAAUAUUGUUGACAAUGCAAUACUGUCAACCAAACUUUGCUCAGAAUCGUUUUUCUGUUAGCUAUAGUAAUUAUUGUGUAACGAUAAACAUUAAAUUUCUUCUCUAUUAUCUUCCCAUCUUCUCACCUACAACAGUGACUCACCCACUUGUGAAGUAUGUCAGUAUUUUUAGUUGUUCAUUUUAUUUUAAUAGGCUAUAUUAGCCACUGUAAUAUUAAAGAAUUUACUAGUGUCCCAAUAGAUCAAUCUUUUACUCUUAUGACUAUUUAUUACUUUUUUUUUUCAAAUAAGGCUUACACAAAUGUAUAUAUUUAAGCUGUUUAGACAUGGAAUGGUUCAGUCACACCUGGUUGUUAUGGGUGGUUAUAUAUUUAAACAAAAUUUGCUACUAAUAAUACAAUAUACAGAGCCACUUUGCUGUGAUAAAACUGCUAUGUAAAGGUUAGGUUAGGCUCAUUAAAAAUACGCGAUUAAUUUAAAUGAAGUCAUUGGCUUGUGUGAUUGUAUUUGUCAUUGAACUUUGUGUAAUUUUUUUUGGGAUAGUCAAACUGUUUUGUGUGUAUGCAGCUUUAUAUAAUUAAGUUUUUAUAAAUAAUAACUAAUAAGAAUAUUUUGAACAUAAGUAACAAAAAAAAAAAAAUAAAAAUAAAAAUAAUAGGUUUUAUAUUUAUUGUAUUUUAGGAAGGUGAUGCUUACUACAGUGCAAUGAGUUUAGCAAGUGUUAUUCCAGUUUCUAAAUUAACUCCUCACAUAUCUGUAUCAAGUAUAGCAAUAUCUUCUCUGAAAAAGUUGCCAUAUGAUCUAAAAUACUUGGAGGAAGACGUUGAUUUGCGUAAAGUUGAUUGUCUGGUAUACACAUUGUGUAUGUGGAAUCGAGGCUAUGAGAUAAUUCAAUUUGUGAAUGUUUGGUUUGAUGAAGCUUUUAAAACUUUAAAUCUUAAUGAUUCACGAUUUCCGGUACAGUUAAAAACAUAAAAUUUGUAUAUAUUUUAUAAAAUAAAAUGAAAAAAAAAAUGUUGUAAUGUUUUAGGAUGCUAAAGAAGUUACUACAGAAGGAAAAAGAGUCAGGUUUCAAGCAAAUAUAGACGAAUGUAAACCAAUGACAGGGAUUAUACUAAUAAAUGCAAUGCUGACUAAUUCACGAACACAGAAAUCACUUUUGAAUUCUGAAAUUAAUAGAAAGAAUAUCUAUGAUCAAAUUAUAUAUUUGCAACGUGUUAAGGUACAUUUUAUAUUUUGGUAAAUACUUAAAUAUUGUGUGGUACUGAAAUUUUAGAGUUCUUGUAUUGACAUGAAAUACUUAUUAUUAACACAAAAUUUCAACAAUAAACAUGAUUAUAGUAAAUAAAUAUAUAAAUAAAAAAAUGUGUCACAUUUAUUCAUUUAUUUAUUUUUUAUUUUUAUGCAUACAUUUUGUAUUUAUAUAUUUAUUUACGAAUGUUAACCAUUUUAAUAAUUUUAUUUUUACUUUAUCAUUUUAUUAAUUAACAUAAAUUGUUGUUAUUAUAAUACUAAAAAUCAUAUCAAUCUAUAUUUAUAAAUUCAAACAAUCAACGUGGUAUUCUUAUUAAAAUAUCUUAGUUUAUUAUUUUCAAGAUAUUUAUCUUGUUUUUAUAUACAGGGUGAUUAUUUUAUCACGAACCUGUAAUUAUCAAAGUUUUUUAAGUAAAUUCAAUUUCUAUUUUUUCUUACUAUUAUGGAAUUGUUAAAACUUUAUUUUAAAACCAUUUUUAAUUUUUUACCCCUACUCCAUGUGCCCUAAAUAAUUAUGAUUUUCAAAUAAGAACUCCCCCUCUUUUGAACAUAGAUUUGAAUAGAGAAUAUUUUUCUAGAAAUUUUGAUGUGUGUAACACUAAUAUCAGAUUUACCGUUUAUGAGUUAUAACAGUUUAAAGUUUAGACCGGAGGAGCAGGGAAGAGUAAUAAAUUGCCUUUCUAAAUAAUAUAUAUUUGAUAUAUAUAUUUAAGUAUAAAUUUGUAAGUAAUUCAACAAAUUAAUAUUUACUUAUAACUUUGUAUCAUUAUUAGAUUGAAUUGAUUCUAUAUAUCUAUUAAUAAGACAGCUUGAUGGGAUUUGAAACCAGUAUUUUCUUUCUUUAUCUUAAGUGUAUCAAUCAAGUCCCUUUUUUAAAUUUUAGUGCUUAAAUUUCAAAACAUUGAUUUUGAAAUUGAUGAAUGUAUAUAAAAAAAUUAAAAAAUAGUUUUACUAUGUUGAAUAAAUUAUCCUGACCAAUGGUUUACCACCCAAGUAUAUCUCACAUCAAAUUCUAAUGUUUUCAGAAUUCUGACCUAUAUAUCAAAUCAAUUGACAAAAAAUUUGUAUAAAUUGCUCUACUCUGUAUAUGUUGGAUCUAUUUUGAAUCUUCUGAAAGACAUUAGAGCUGCUCAUAUAUAUAUUUUUUUAAUAUAUUUGAUAGAAUGAAAAUCUUUUUGUAGGUCCAUUGAACCCAGAUUUUAAAUUUUAAAAACUAUUAAGUAUCUGUAAUAUUCUAAUUUUUGAUUUUCAUUUGUAAAACGGUGCUCUAUCAUUUUCCCCUAAAUAGGUAUAGAGAAAUAGAUUACUUUAUUUUAAUAAUGACUGACAGAUGGAAUAAUUAUUAUUGGCUCAUUGCCUAGAAAAUAUUGCUCAAUUCAUCAUUGCCUGAAAUCUAUGUCUAUAUAUGAUAUUUUCUAGUCAAUAUCUUAGACAGGCAGAAUACUCCUUUCAUUAUUGCCACAUAGAACUAACAUUUAUUAGUUUUAACAAUGUUGUUCAAUAAGUAGGAAGUGUUAAUGUUUAUUAUUACAAAUACCUAUUCGGUCACUGUAUGUGUCAACUAAUAGCAUCAAGGUUAUACUGUUUAUAAAUUCAUUAAUUAAUAAAUAAAUACUGAUCAUGAAAAUAAUAUUUUGAUUUUAAUUCCUUUAUUUCUUAAUCUCCUAAUUUACACUACUGAUACUAACAUUUAUAGGUACAAUAAAUAUAUAAUGUAUAAUAAAUUUAGUACCUAAAUGUAUUUUUUUGUAAUUAUAUAGAUGUAAUUGAUUGUAUACCUAUACUAACAUAAGACGAUGAUUUAUUAUAUUUAAGAAAGUACAUAAUUUGUUAUCAUGAACUUUUUUGUAACAAUGUAGUAAUCAUAUUACAUAUCUAUUUGUUUUCAUUUGUAUUAAUUAUUAGCCAGCAAUUGAGAGCCGAAUAUCUUCAGAUAAUGAAUUAAGUACUUUAGUAUCAGAUGAAGUUUUACUGGAGUUAUUCAGGUUGAAUCUGCGCCUUCAUCUUCUAUACCACAUUCAUGAAAGUAACUAUAAUGUUGAUGAAAUUAUUAACUAUCAAGUAUCUAUAAUGAAGUGGAUUAUAAAGUUAGUAUAUAGUUACAAAUAGUACAUAUAGAUUUAAGUAACUAUUAAAAAUAAAUUUAAUAUUAUUCUAGCAAUAUACUUAGUCUUGAUUUACGUCCUAUAAAAGCAACUACUGUUAUAUUUGUAGUGAGGACAAUAGAAAAUGUAAAUACUAUAGUGUAUAAUACUUUAUUAAUGCAAUUGAUGAACAAAACAUUUUUGAAUACAUAUUCUGUAUUUUGUGCUAAAUUCUUGGGAAGUAAGAAUAUAUAAUUAUUUUUCUCUUAAAUAUUUAUUAUUGCUAUAAAUUAAUACUUAUAGCAAUAUAAAAUUGUAAAUUGCAUAUUUAAUUUGCUAAAUAACAUUGAUUUUCAGGCAUGUUUGGGCCUCGAGUUACGUUGUCCACAGUUGGAACUUUAAUCGAAGUUGCAAAAAAUAUAAAUUUAAAAUCAUCAAAUGAUAAUAAUAUUCAAGAAGAGAUACCUUUAUUCAUAAAUUGUGUGGGUAAAAUCAUAUUGGGCCUUGGUGAAUCCAAGAUAAGUGAAGAAUAUUUUAAAAUUAUUUUUGGGGUAAGUAUGAAAUCUUACAAAUCCAUUGAUAAAAUAAUAGUUUUGUUGCAUUGCUCCAUUCAUUAAAUAUAGUGUGACGUCAUAUAAUCCAUGCAUUCCAACUAGGUGCACUCAUUAAUUUAAUUAUAUAAUCAUUUCUAAAACUAAGGAAAAAUAUUCAGUUUGUAUAUUAUUUUGUUAAUUUGCUGCCUUGGGAAGGAUAUUUUUUGAUUUUCUUUGUAUUUCCUUAAUAAUAAUUGAAUGGGAAAAACGGAAAAUGUACAGAAUUACUUCCAGUUUUUUUGUUUCAAUUAAAAUAUAAUCGUAGAGACCUAAAAUUUGUACAAAACAUUAAUAUUAUCUUUUUAUACACAGUGAAAUAUUUAAAACAAUUUGUAAAUUGUUGAGCUAUUUAAAGGUAUUUGAAAUUAUUGAGUUUUCAUUUAAGUUCAUCGUGAGCAAAGAUGUAAUUUUAAUGUACUAAAACAGGCAAAUUAUGCUCUAAGUAUUUAAUAAAAUAUUUCAAAAAAUGCUCUGUAAAAAUGUCUUUAUUAAAAAAGUUCUUUAUAUACUUGAUCUUCCAGUUGUUCUUUUCUGUCUGAAAAAAAAAAGGAAAUAUUGAACACAUUACAUUGUAUUUUCUUUGUGCUAUAGAUAUUUUAACUAUUAAAUUCUUUAGCUUAAAAAUAAAAAUUGUUUUGGACAUUCAGCGAUUUCUUUAUAUUUUUGAACUUGAAAAAUCCUUAAUUUGAAGACGUAUGAUAGUCCACAGAUGUUAAAGUAUGAUUUUAUAAAAGUCAAGUUACGUUUAAAAUGAGACAAUUUUCAUGGCCAUCUUCAGCCUCGAUGAUUAUUUUCUACUAUUUUUACUAUUUUUUACUACUAAAAUACAAUAUAACAGAAACUGUUACUGUAUAAAUGAAACUGUUUAAAGUUUUUCUAGGGUUUUCGCUAUAAUUAAGAAUACUACAAAGAAAAUCAAAAUAUAACCUUAUUGCACUAACAAGGCAAUAUUUUUUUUUUAUAACCACCUCUAUAGAUGAUGAUUGGACUAUCGGGGAAAGAUUUCUGGUAGAAAAAUUAUUCACAUAAAAAAAAAAAAACCCACAUUUCAUAGUACAAUCUAAAAUAAAUAUUAUCUAUUAUGCAAGCAAAAAGUGAGCCUGCUGUAGCUAGUGUUAUUUGUGUUUAUUUUUGGAAAUUAAUUACUGAAUUAUGUUCAAAAACCAAUAGACAUACUUCACACAAUGGUUGGGUUUCUGUUGUAGUUAAGAAGUUGGGAAGAUUAAUUAGCAAGUUUGGUUAAAUUGGUCCAUAAUAUUUACAAUUUGAAAAUAAUACAUUAUUUCGUGCAUUUUUCCAGUUUUUCCCAUUUAAUCAUUGUAAUACCAAUAUAUUCCUCGCUGCACUCAUAAUCUAAAAUUGGGUUACAUUGAGUUUAAUAAUUUUAAGGGGCACUUAUUUUUUGUGAGUCUCAUAGUCUCACUUUUUCUAUUUUUCCAAUUCAAGCACUGCUAACAGUGACACACUCUUAAGUAGUAUUAGAUCUUUUUUUUAUUAUCGUUGUCUGCUGUUCAACAUAAGUUAAGCAUAUGGACAAUGUUUUAAAUAAACUAAGCAAAAUAAUAUCUAUUGUAGGUAAAACAUGAUUUUUAUAUUUAAUAUUUAUUAUUUCAUUAGGAUUUUGGUAUCAAAUUAUAGAACUUCUUAAUAAUAUGCAAACUGAUUUUUUCUUAGAGCUGUAGAAAUUAUUAUAUAAAUACACUAAUGAACACGCUUCAUUGAAAUGUAAACAUAAGAAUAGGUGGCUGGCCAACAGAAUUUGAGAAUUCUUUUUUUUAACAAGGCAUAUCUAACUAACAGAUCACUAGAUACUUUUUUUAAGAGUAUCAGAUUUCUCAUUAAAUCAAGUAUUAAUGAUUUAGUCCAUGUUCUAUUUAAAGAUAUUCCUUUAAAUACAUUAAAUCUUAUAUUAAAGAUAUGUUAUUUGCUUCCUAAAUAUUGUAAUUUAAUUUUUAACAUAUUAAAAUGUUUUUAAAUUAAAAAUGCAGUUAAUUCUGAAGUGUCUCGAGUUAUAGAACUGACAAAUUAUUAUGGAUACUAAUAUUAACACUAACGUUGAUCAAGUCUAAUAAAAUUUAUUAAACUUUAAAAAUUUAAAAUUAUAGCGAUAUCCAAAAUUGAUUAUAAUAAAAUUAAGUACAUUUUUAAUACUAGUCAUAUAAAUUAUUAAAAUAUAGGUAAACAUUUAGCUUCUAAAAAUUAAAGUUUAAAUUAUGCAAAUUCCUAAUAAAAUGUUAUUGUUAUAUAAUUUUUUAGACACCUAUAAUAUUACGCCGUGCUUUGAUUCAACUGUUAUUGGAAGUAUAUAAGAUUAGUAAAAUAGAAUUCAAAAAAGUAUUUUCCAUUAUGAUUGAUACUAUUAUGGAUAUGGUUGCUGAUGAAAUUCGAAACGUAAGUUUUUAACUAGUAUUAAAACCAAAUUACAGAAUUUUUAUAUUCGUUAACAAUCAAUUUUUUUUCAAUUCAAUUUUUUUCAAGAGGAUAUUUAUUAAAAAAAUUAAUACAUUUUUCCAAAAAAAAUCUAAAUUUUCAAAAUAGCUACUUUUUAAAAGAUAUAUUCUAAAGAUUUUAAUAUACUAUAAUUAUAUAUCUGAUCAAUAGUUUUUAGUAUUAGCCAUUUAAAUUUCUAAAAAAGUUGUAAACAAAUAAUAUUUAUUAAGUUAUUACUUAUGCUUGUAAUAGAUAAUUCCUACAUUAUGUGAAUACAUGACAGUAGAAUUAAUAAUCACAGGGAUGUACCUAAUAAUAAAACUGAUAAAAAUUAUUUCCAUUUCUUGCUAUGUGAUUAUAGUUUUAAUAAGUAUGUGCAUGCAUUUAUUAUUAUAAUUCAUUAUGAUAAUGAUAGGCAAUUUUGAAUAGUUUACACUAUUGAUAGUUUUCAAUAGUUUGAAUAAACUAUCAAAUAUUUCAAUCUAGUACUGAAUAAUUAUGUUUGGAAAAACUUAAAUAUUUUGAAAAACUAUUUGAAUACUUAAAUAGUUUUUAUUUUGGUAUUUUUCUUUUUUAUUCAUAAAAUAUUUGUUCAUUAGAGUUUCACUUAUCCAGUCAUCGCUAGUCCUGACAUCUGGACAAUUUAUAUUUUGUACUUAAGUUCAUAUUUAUGUAUAUAUACAUACACAUAAAUAUUAUAUAAAAAUGAUUUAUAUCAACAUCCAUUGUUAUUUUGUAUAAUACGUCAUUAGAUUAGAUAUUUAUAGCAUAACUGUAGGAACCUAUAUGAAAUUGGAAUUGUCUAAUAAAGUCUAUACAAGCACGUGACCUGUUUUUUAGGAAUUACCCAUGAUUAAGAUUUUAUCAUUUGGAUUACUUAUUGUGACAUUAAUUUAAUUUUCUAUACAGUUGUAUUGAUAUAAUAUAUAUGAAUGUGUAAUGUAAAAUAAAUCAAUACAUUUUGAAUUUUUAUAAAUAAGGUGGUUAUAUUUUUGAAAAAUAUUUAUUAAUAAGUUGAAAAAAAUGUUGUUCAGUUUAAUCCGGAUAGAGCCUGGUCCCAUCAAGUUUAGAUCAAAGGUACUACUAUAUUUACAAACAAUUUGUUUGAAUAAAGUAACGCCUGGUAAAUAAUAGGUAGAUCUUCUACUACCCAUUUUCAGUUGAAUAGAAUUUGCAAAUAAUUGCACAAAAUACUACCUGCAGUACUUUGUGCUUCCACAAAAAUUAUGUACAAUAUUUUUCAAAUAAAAACUAUUAUACAAAAAAAUAUUCAUUCUAUAGAAACUAUUUGAAUAAUUUGAAUCCGAUAAAUUAUCUAAUAGUUUGAUAGUGCCCAUCUUUAAUUAUGAUUGUAAUUUUAUAUCAAGGAAUAUGGUUGUCUUAUUAAAUAUAAUGGUUUUCACAUCAUUUAUUAAAAUUAAAAUGGCUAAUAGGAACUAUUGAUCAAAUAUGUACAUAUGGUUACAUUAUAAUUUUAAGAACUACCUAUUACAAAGUUGUUAUUUUGAAACAUUUUUAAAGCGAAUAAAUAGAGUUAAUUUUUUAAUAAUUAAGGAGUAAAAAAAUUUAGUUGAAAAAAAAUAAAUUAAAAAAAAUUGGAUAUAAGGUGAGAUCCAUUGAACAUGGUCGAAUAUCCUGUACAUGAUAUAAUUUAUUUUUAGAAUGAAGAAGUUGAUUUGAAUGAAAAUCUUAUUGAUAUGCCAUUUGCGGCUAGUCAGUUAACAGCAGUAAUAUUAAAUAAUGUGCAGUUAAGAAGAUAUUUUUCAUUAAAUGCAGUAAACAUAUUCUCAUCUGAUAUGUACAAAAAUGUAUGAAUUUAAUUUACAAUAGAUUAAUUGUUGAAGUAUAGAUUAUUUCUUAAGUAAAUUUGUUUGUUUGAUUUAGGAUUGUCUCAUGUUGUUAUCUGCCAUUUCUUUAAUCCACACUUUAUCAUUUCAAUUAACUAGAACAAUAGAAAUUGAUCUUGAACCGGUUGUAAAAUUGCUGUAUAAAUCUUUAAUGGAAUUGGAUGAAAAAAGGACACUUGAAAAAAAUUUAACAGUUCCAAAGAAAAAUAAUUCAGGAGAACCAUCUAUUUUAGAAGUUUCAGAUUUCAACUAUGAGUAUGGCAUAAUUUAUUAUUUUAUGAACAUAAACUAUUUAAUGUUGUAUUAUUAAUUUCAGAAUAACAAAUUUCAAACAAAAAGGUCGUAAUGUUUUAAUUGCUACUGCUAAGCAAUUGCAUAUCACUCUAUGCGAUUGAAGUACUAAUGUACUUAAGUUUGUUCUUUUUUUAAUGUCUCAUGUAUAAUGCAUAGUUAUAACUAUUUACUAUAUUUUUAAUGUACAGACAAGCUGUAUAUAUAAAUGAGUAACGCACAUAAGCAUUUUAGCAUUUUAUUUGUCACCACAAUAAGUUCCUAGGCACCACACAUGAUUUUUUUUUGAGAUCAACUAAAUUUGUCUAAAUAAUAAUUAAAUAUAUCUGUGUUAGCUUCUUCUGAGUAAGAGUACUCAACCUUGUAAGUUACAAUAUUGAAUUUUAUUAUUUUGUAAAUGAAAAUACUCUAUUUUUCUCCAGUUUUAUAUCACUGUGGUUACAUUUUUGCGGCAUUUUCUUAAAAUAAUAUUAUUAUUAUAUUUCAAAAUUCAUAAUGGUAUAAAAUCUAAGAUCAUAAUAUGCUAGUAAGACCGUAAUACUAUAAUAUAUAUUAAACUUAUUAAAUUUCUAAAUAAAAAAUGUAGAAAAAUAGUAUUGAUUUUUAUUUGCCAAAAACAAAAAAAAAAUACUUUUUGACAAACAAGAUUUCACUACUAAGUUAUCUAAUUUAUCUGAAGUUCACAUUAUAGAUGAGAAGGUUAUUGCAAUUUUAAAAAUAAUAUUAUUCCAUAUUCAAUCUAGACAUUUUUGAUAUUAUUUAUUUAGAAAAUUAAUGAACAAAAAAAAAAAAAUAUGUAUUUAUAUAUAUUUAGUUUAGUAUAGUUUAUAUUAUAUAUAUAGUUUUAUGUUUUAAGUAUACAUUAAAAGUAAAAUUAUAUUCUACACAUUUCCAAAUUGUAUGAUUUUGUAAUUUUUUUCUAUUUCUUAUUUGAUGUACAUUUUAUUAGUAAUCUAAUAUUAACACUGCGUAAAUAACACAUAUGUUAACUUACUCGUUAAGAAAAAAAGGUUCAAAACUUAUUAUUGAUUUUUAUACACUUUUUGUGAUCAAUCGGCAUGAAAUUUUGGAUGCACUCAUAUGUAUGAAGACAAUGCAGUAAUCAAAUUUUCAGUUCCCUCCCAGUUUUAUAAGUUAGUGAAAAAUGAUUUUCAUUUUCAAUUGAGAAAAAUAUUAAUAUAUUCUCAAUAAUACGUGAUCAAAAAUUAAUAAAAGGAUGGAAAUUCCUUCUACCAUUUUUACCCUAUAUAGGGCAUAAGAAAAACAAUUUCAAAAUAUCAAAAAAAAAAAAAAACACAUACAACUUUUGUUUGCCUACUCUCCACAAUACAUAAUCCAGUUAGAUUCAGUUUUCAUUUUCCUAAUGAGGUGAAUAAAUGAUUUUCUAUUCGAACUAAAAAUAAUAAAAUUAAAAAAAAAAAAAAUUAUGUUUUUUGUACCAUUUUAAAUUGUGAUAACAAUGUAUUGUAAACACAUUUUGAUUUUUGUUUAUAUAAUAAUAAAAGGUUAG